AUGCCAAAGUGUAAGGUUUGCGGUGGUGUCAAUUUUAUCAAGGAUAUUGCAAAUGCAAACAAUGAUACGGUGUGUCAAGAUUGUGGUACAGUUUCCGAAGAUAAUCCCAUUGUUUCUGAAGUUACCUUUGGGGAAUCAAGUUCAGGUGCCGCAGUUGUGCACGGUAGCUAUGUGGGUGCUGGUCAAUCACACGCGGCGUUUGGGCCGAGAGGUGGCUCAUCGGCGCUGGAAUCUCGUGAGGCUACCAUAAAUAAUGCUCGUAGGAAACUGCGGGCUGUUUCACACGCUUUGGUUAUACCAGAGUACGUUACAGAGGCUGCUACGCAGUGGUACACACUAGCUUUGGCCAAUAACUUUGUCCAAGGACGGAGGUCGCAGAAUGUCAUCGCUGCGUGCUUGUACAUUGCAUGCAGAAAAGAAAAAACACACCAUAUGUUGAUCGACUUUUCAUCGCGUUUGCAAGUCUCAGUAUAUUCGAUCGGGGCAACGUUUUUGAAAAUGGUCAAAGUUCUGCACGUCACGAAUCUCCCACUGACAGAUCCGUCGCUCUUUAUUCAGCACUUUGCUGAAAAACUCGACUUGGGAGACAAGAAAAUCAAAGUGGUGAAAGAUGCAGUCAAGCUUGCACAGCGAAUGGCUAGAGACUGGAUGUACGAGGGACGUCGUCCCGCUGGUAUCGCGGGUGCGUGUUUGCUUCUGGCGUGUCGUAUGAACAACCUGCGCAGGACGCAUUCUGAAGUGGUGGCUGUUUCGCACGUCGCUGAGGAAACAUUACAGCAGCGGCUUAACGAGUUUAAAAACACCAAGUCCGGGAAGCUGUCAAUCAAUGAAUUUCGGGAAGAGGAUGAUGAGGGCACCGAAAAGACAGAAUCGCAUCCACCGUCUUUCGAGCGGAACAGGCUUAAGGAGAAAAAGCUGCGUCAGAAAACCUUGGGAAAUGAAUACGAGACCAGCGAAGAAGCUCUGACCAGAAAUCCAAUUCUGUCGCAAGUACUGGGGGCGCAAGAGCUUUCUUCACGAGAAGUUCUGUACUAUCUCAAGCAAUUUUCUCGCAGAAGACAAGAAAGCCAGGAAUCGAAACAGUCCGCCAGCUUACCCUUAAGACAAGCGAAUGGUGAUGAAGAAGACAGUGAGGUUGGCAACUCCAAUGCACCCGCCAACGACGCAGCUGAGUCUUCUUUAAAUGAGCCCAAUUUCCAAGACUCAAUCGAUGGUUAUUCUAUAGAGACCGAUCCCCAUCGUCCGAGAAAUCUGCAUUUGCUGCCCACCACUUCGUCGUUGCUGUCUAAAGUGGCCGAUGAUCCUGAAGACCUACAAGACGUGGACGACGAAGAGCUCGAAGCCCAGCUUCUGGAUGAAGAGGCCUCCAGGUUAAAAGAACGGAUCUGGAUUGGUAUCAAUGGUGAUUUUUUGCUGGAACAAGAAUCGAACAGGCUCAAGCAAGAGGCAGAUCUGGCAUCUGGAAAUGCGUCUGCCAAGAAGCGCGAAGGCACCCGCCGUCGCAAGCGGAAGCCGGCUUCUGAAGCAGAGGGCAUUCUAGCUGAUAUCAAGGAUGACUCAGGGCUGCAGGCUGCCUUGAAGCUUGCUGAAGACUCUGGUGAUCUGACCACUGCUGAUAACGUCAAGAACAUGAUACAGAAAUCCAGCUUUUCCAAGAAAAUAAACUACAAUGCGAUUGACGGACUAUUUGGAAGUGGUUGA